CACCAAAUCAGGCACCAAAGUUUAAGCUGUCCCCACCACGAUUACACUUCACCCCGGAACUUUUGAGCCUACGAGGCCACGCCAUCAACAGGCAAUCACCGUUAAACCUCCAACCCGGCCAUCAGAGGCCCAUUGCGCGACUCAAACACCACCUUUGCGACCACCUCUGCCCAAUUCGGUCUCUGUCCUCGCCAAUGCAGCAAUAACCACGCCAAAUACCCCUCCACGUCAGCCACCAUGUCUCAAUCCCUUCGACCCUACCUCCACUGCGUCCGCUCCACCCUCACCGCCGCCCUCUCCCUCUCCGACUUCGCAUCGCAAGCCUCUGAACGGCACAAUGUCCCCGAGAUCGAAGCGCGCUCUUCCCCCGAAGUCAUCCUCAAUCCGCUCACUGUCUCCCGCAACCAGGAAGAGCGAGUGCUGGUGGAGCCGUCGGUCAACAGCGUGCGCGUGAGCAUAAGAAUCAAGCAGGCCGAUGAGAUUGAACACAUCCUCGUGCACAAGUUUGAUCGCUUCUUGACCCAGAGAGCUGAGGCGUUCUUCAUUCUGAGGAGGAAGUCGGUGCCGGGCUACGAUAUCUCGUUCUUGAUCACGAACUUCCACACCGAGGAGAUGCUGAAGCACAAGCUGGUGGACUUUAUAAUACAGUUCAUGGAGGAGGUGGACAAGGAGAUCUCGGAGAUGAAGUUGUUUUUGAAUGCAAGGGCUCGGUUCGUGGCGGAAAGCUUUUUGACUCCGUUCGAUUAGAUUUGGUAGCGUUGAAAUGCCACAUCUCCGUUGUUCGCUUCAUUCUUCCAACCCGUGCUCGCCGUCGUGAAGUCGUCCUUCGCGCAGACUGGACUGGAGAAGAGUCUGUCG